GUUUUGCAGACCUCCCUCUUUCUCUUUCUUUUUAUACUCACUGCUCUCCAGAGUUCCAUUCUGACUCGUCUGUAUCCGUCAAUGUGGUGAAUAUUUCUGCCUCUUGCCUUCUCUGUCACAUUCCAGCUUCCAUGGCACAGCGUCCUCCUGACAUGGGUUAUAAAGAGAAGUACAGCUCCAGUAUGCAUCCGCACACAGCGUUAUGAUCACCUUUUACCUCCAGUGACUUUUUUGAACUGUUUUGAAUAGGUAAACACACUCUCUAGGAGAAUUUACCUUUCCUUUUUCUUCCUUCCUUCUUUGAGUUUUUUUUCCUACUUGAAUGCAGUCUCAUUUACACAGAAAGCUCACUUAUAAACAGUGGAAUACUCAAGUAAAAGCUUCAGCUCAGAUGUGUGUGCAUGGACAAGAGAAAGGACAGAAUACAUCGGAUAAGUCCCUGAUUCCUUGGCUGGGAUUGUGCAGAGGCCUUUGCAGCUGCACUGAAACUGCAAUUUGAAGCUUCAACCCCUGGUUCCCACUGAUAUAUGGAGAAAAAUCCUGGAAUGUUUUCCUCAAAAUAUCUUUUUGACUGAAGAAAAAAGACAUGAACAUUUUGAAUGACAUGGGUGUGAGAUCGCAUAGAUGGACCACAAUGUAUCAACACACUCCAGUAACACACAAUAAGUGACCCAGAGAGCGUCUGUGGAUGAAAUGGUUACAACUUUCCUCAAUGAAAGGCAAGCUACUACUGAGGAGAUGGCUUUAGUAAGCAAUGCACUGGCUGCUUACUCCUUCAUAGCAGAUCACCCGGAACGGGCGGCACUGUAUUUUGUGUGUGGAGUGUGUUUGGGACUGGUUCUCACUCUCAUCGCGUUAGUGGUGCAGAUCUCCUGUCGAACCGACUGCAGAACGCAACAAGCGCCCAAGAAAACCGGCAAGACUGCAGAGAGCACCAGCGACACGAGCGACAGCGACUCGGACUGGGACAAUAGCUCUGACCUCUCGGCACGCCGCCACCGGCGCUUUGAACGGACGCUCGGUAACGUGUUCACCUCCGCGGAGGAGCUGGAGCGCGCGCAGCGAUUAGAGGAACGCGAGCGGAUUAUCCGGGAGAUCUGGAUGAACGGACAGCCGGACAUGCCGGCCACACGCAGCCUCAACCGCUACUAUUAAAGUCUCUGAAGCAACGAGACGGAAAGUUUGAGGAAAUAUUAUACAAUAGCUAUUAAAAGUAUUUGGGAUACAGUAAGGGACUGAAAUAUGGGAAAAGCCAACCAUUAAAAUACGUUUUGGAACAUCUCUUCUGGUUGAACCAGCAAUACUAGUGAAGCAUUUGUGUUUCUGAAGGUGCACUCAGUACAUUUUUUGUUUAUGUUGCGCUGAUAGUCCUUUUGUACUUAUGCUGAUGACACCAAUACUGACACCUGGUGCCGUGGAUGAAAAAGCAAUGUUUUUAGUUAGAGGUAAAUUUAUGUAAAUUUAGACACUUUUUGCCAUUGCAAUCUCCUAAUUAAAAAUGUCCAAAUAAACUAAUAACACAGUUGAAAUGCUUUAUUCAACAUGAUUUAUUUAUUCCACGAGUGAGUAAGAAACUUGUGUGGAAGUGCAAGUGACUGAUUUGACUGUUGACUUCAUGAUUUUAAAUAUGUUUUAAACUGCUAUUCAUUGCUUUGUGUAGAACUUCAAUGAGGGAAAAUUACAGAGUGCACCUUUAAUGAAACUUGUUUUAAUGAAGAAUUCACUAACGUGUAAAACAGGUGGAGAAAAAAUAAUAUGCUUGAGCUUUGAAUAUGCUUGACUUGAAAUACUGUAUUUUUUAAUUAGAAUGAAUUUUGUCUGAAAUUAGGUUUGGCCACUUGGACAUUGGACAAUUCAGACACCUAUUUUUAUUGAGAUGUUAUUCUUUAGUUGGCUGAUAUCUUUUUUAUUUAAGCAAAAUGUCUUUCUGUUACAAACACUUUUAUUAUACUAAAGCUUUGUCUUGGA